UCGGGCAGGAGGUGGUGGCUCUUUAUUUAAAGCUGCUCCGCGGUUCGUCUGCCUGUUCACUCAGCUGGCGGCAGGCGGCGGCGGCUGCUGUUAUUAUACUGUACUCAGUUGGCGUGUAAGUUUGUAGACUUCCACCGUCCGUUAGAUGGAGGAGUCGUCGUUUGUCGUUUAAUGACACAUUUUUUCAGCGUCUACAAGCAGCGAAGCCUCCGUUUUCUUUCUAGCCGAGAUCAGGCAACAACAUCAGAGGAGGGGAGAAGUUGUCAUUGGAGAGCUGCGGCGGCGUGUGCCAAUGUGGCAGCCCCGCAACUGUAAAACAUCGGCUGUCCACACAUCUGGAGUUUGUCCGCUUCCACUUUGCUUUGUUUAAACGAGAGGAUUCCCGCCGGCUGUCGCUGAUGCGACGCUUCUCCGAGUUGCUGUAGGUGACGUGAGUGUCCUGUCGCGGAGCUGUCCCGUCUGUCUGGUGCUGAAGGACACGAGUUCUGCUGCGCUCCCCUCCGCUCUUUUUCAAAUGCCGGCCAGCACGCCCACUCCGCGUUCUGGGACCGGAGCCGUGGAGUACUGGGUGGACGGCUCACGCAGGGAUGCGCCGCUUGAAGACUUCUUCACAAUGGGCCCAGAAUUGGGGAGGGGCGCCACGGCUGUAGUGUUCAGAUGCGAGGAGAAGCAGACGCAGAAGCCGUAUGCGGCCAAAGUCUUAAAGAAAACGAUUGACAAGAAGAUUGCGAGAACGGAGAUUGGCGUCCUGCUGCGGCUCUCACACCCAAAUAUUAUUCAACUGAAGGAAAUCUUUGAGACCCCUUUGGAGAUCACACUGGUCUUGGAGCUUGUGACAGGCGGAGAGCUUUUUGACAGGAUCGUCGAGAGAGGCUACUACAGCGAGAGGGACGCCGCGCAUGUCAUCAAGCAGAUCUUGGAGGCAGUGGCGUAUUUGCAGGACAAUGGAGUUGUCCAUAGGGACCUGAAGCCAGAAAAUCUGCUGUACGCUGACCGCUCGCCUGAUGCCCCUCUAAAAAUAGCGGACUUUGGCCUGUCCAAGAUUGUGGACGAACAGAUGACAAUGAAGACGGUGUGCGGGACCCCAGGAUACUGUGCUCCUGAAAUCCUGAGAGGUGCCCCCUAUGGUCCUGAAGUGGACAUGUGGUCAGUGGGAGUCAUUACCUACAUUCUACUGUGUGGGUUUGAGCCAUUUUUUGACCUGCGGGGGGAUCAGUACAUGUACAGCCGCAUCCUCACCUGUGACUAUGAGUUUGUGUCACCCUGGUGGGACGACGUGUCCCUCAAUGCCAAAGAUCUGGUGUCAAAGCUCAUUGUGUUGGACCCCCUGAAUCGCUUAAAUGUCCAGCAGGCUCUGCAGCACCCCUGGGUGUCGGGUAAAGCCGCCCGUUUCUCCCACAUGGACACCACACAGAAGAAGCUCCAGGAGUUCAAUGCCCGCCGCAAGCUAAAGGCAGCUGUGAAGGCCGUGGUGGCCACCAGUCGCAUUGGCAACCACAGAGACCACGAGGGAUCCCGAGGGAGCCGCCAGGCUGAGUCUGAAGCUGGGUAUCCAAACAGAAAUACCAGUGAGGCAGGCGCACCACAUUCCAGUAGCCACCCGGUCAAACAAGUGGCCAGUGCUUCUUCUGGUCUGACCUCCACAGGCUCUUCAAAGGGUGGGGGCAAAUCAGGCCAGACUGGCAGCAACACCAGCACCACCGAGGGCCCCUCUAAGCCAUCGGUCAGGUCGAAGACCAACUCGACAAAGACAGUGAACCCCAGGAAAAGCCGGGAGAUGCCACCAUCCCAGUCUAAGAAGCAGCAACCUUAGAGAAGAAGCCAAGUCAGGGGAGAUGUGGGCGGCACAGUGGACCAGUCCAUGGGACUGAAACUAUGGAGGGCCUCACGCUCAUCUUCACAGCCUGAAACAGUGUGAAGAUACGGCAAUGGCUGUGCCAACCUCUCUGUCAAGUAUGUUUGUAUUCUGCACUCUGAGGAGUGCCAGCUGUGCCAUUGUGGCAGGAGGAGGAGGAGGAGGAGGACAGAGGCAUCUCUGUGAUGACAUACUUAGUAAUAAAGUGAUGUUGGGGAAGAACAGGCAGCUUCUUCAUUGUGUACAAACAUUAUGAGGAGGACUGCUGGGUCACAUGUCACAUUUCAGAAUGAAACAGGACCUCAGAACAUCACAGAGUAAAGAACAGAGAGGUCAGGCUACUUGGGGGAUAACAUGAAAUGAAUCAGCCAAUCAAAUAAAUCCGGCAGGCUUAUGGCGGGUAAUGCAUUUGGUACUAAUAACGAUGACGGGAAAAUGAAACUAAAUAAGAAAAACAAAAGCAUCAUGGGAUAUCUAUGACUGAUUUUAUGAAAAGCAAUAACUGCAAAAAUUACAAAAAAAAACAAACAAACAUAUUUUUAUAUAGCACUCGUCAGCCGCCGAGUGCCGCAAUAAGUCCACAGGUAAAAUACGCAGAAUAGUCAGCAGUGACAUGCGGUGAGGUUGAUGGCUGGUGACUCCUUCAGAGUCAGAUUUACAAAUAUAUGAGCCCC